AUGGCAAGCCCACUGAUCCACAGAGGGUACAUGCAUCCGUUCCGUGAUGGGAGACAGUUCUUGUACGGCGUCGGUGAAGUCCCUCGGACGGUGACAGAGCUGGCCAUGUACCGCUGUUCGUCAUUUCUGCGCUCUAAGCCUGAUUGGCGGGACCAUGUCAUGGACGAAGUCGUCAGGCAGCAGUGGGCGAUUGAAUGUACCGAGACUGUUUGGAUUGUGCCCCUCAACAGCGGGCCUAUGAGUGUUCAGCUGUCGCAUACGCAGAUCAAAUAUGUUCUUGACGAGCUCAGCGGCUAUGCCGCUCUCUACGACGAGAAAUAUAGAUGGCAAUCAAAUAGUCAAGUGUCCUGUGCCGAUCGCAUAUGGCAGUCCGACACAUUUCUACACAUGGCUGAACUGCCUGCACUUGACUCUGAGCUCAACAGCCUGUCUUCAGAAAUUACUUUGAGCCACGACGCAACCACUGUCGAUCUGAUUGACCCGUACCGGUACUGCCUGGCAUACGGGGAUACUGCGGUCUAUCACAAGCCACACACGCCCUCGCAUCUCCUACCCGUAGUCCCGCCCGACUGUGAAGCCUUUUCUGCCUCACCCCUCUUUGUAUGCAUUCCAACCCCAUUCUCUGUUUCGUCCGCUUCCGAUCCACUCCAGGCCAAGGCUCUCUCCUACAUCGUCAACGUCGACCCUCACAAUACCGCCCUUUACACCGAUCUCGAAGUACUCGUCGCCCGGUGCGUUCCGCUCUUCGAGCACGUUCUCACCGACUUGCACCGCACGAACGCCCUGCAGCUGCGCGUGCGCGCGAUGGACACGGACAUCGCGUGGGACGAGCCAGACGAGCCGUAUCGCUCGGACGACGAGGAUAAUAGGCUAGUGUUCGAGCGCGAACUGAGAAAUUGGGCACUGCAGAGGCCUGCAAAGAUGCCGGACGUGCCGCGGACGGGAUAUCCGGGUGAUCUGGAGCGAAGGCAGACGGUAGUGAGCCUGAGAGGCAAGACGAUCAAAGCCAUAGUGAGGGUGACCGAAAUCCGGCUGCGUCCUGGAGGUCCCGAAUUUGGCAGCACGCCCUGGCACGUCGAAGGUAUGCUCAACGAGCACAUAGUCGCAUGCACCAUAUACUGUGCUGCAAUGACCAACAUCACCCCACCGUCCCUCGAGUUUCGCACCUCCGUCACGUCGCCUCGUAACUUUCCUCCUGGCGACGCGAACACGACCUUCCUCACCUGGGGCCUUGGCAAUCUCUCGCCAUGCAACCAACGCCUCGGGCACGUGCCCCUCUGCCCUCGGCGCGCCAUCGCUUGGCCCAACGUAUACCAGCACCGUCUCACCCCUGCGCGCCUCUUAGACUCCGGCGCGCCGGGCUCGCUCACGCUCAUCAGUGUUGCGCUGCUCGACCCCGAGCUCGGCGACAGCAGCGUCAUUUCGAACUCCGUGUGGGGCCUGCCGCCGACGACCGACCGCGUGCCGCCGCAGGAGAAGGCGUGGAUCGCGCGUGCUGCGUGGGAGGCACUGCGGUCCCGGCUGCCGGUGGAGCUGAUAGAGCAGAUUGUGCACAAGGUGGAGGGCUUGUUGACCGUCGAGGACGCGGAGGCGCGGGCGAGAGUGGUCAGGGAAGAGAGGGAGAGGUUCUGGGAGAUGCUGGAUGAGUGUCAUUUUUGUUUGCCAUUUGAUGUGUGGGCAGGACCGUAG